AUACUCGCUCUCUCUCUCUCUUGCUCUCCCACUCCCUCCCUGCUCUGUCCCUCUCCCUCUCCUUCAAACAGACGCUCACUCCGGCACACUCUCUGACUUGCCACGCUGGUAUCCUGCGCUUCUCUCUCUCUCGCUCUCUCUUCUCUCCUCUCCUCUGCUUCUCUUCUCUUCCCUCAUCGUUUGCCUUUUCCCCCUCCGGUUUCAGGCGCGAGUCCAGUGGUGGAGGAUCAUGCGUCCUCCUCUCCUCUUUGCCUGUCUGUUCUCAUUUGGAGCAAGCGACAUCAGAAGCCCAACCCUGCAUGGGCUGCCACAGCCACAACACAAGCUGUUCCUCCUGCCUGCCCUGGACUGAAGACUCCCUGGCACAGGAUUAGCCCUGCUAAGGACACUGUUCCACAGCAAGAUUCACAAUAUAGGACAAGACACUUUGUUCUGUCCUUUAGAGGGCACAUCUUGGUGGUGGAACUCCUGCUUGCGGCAUUUGGUUCUGUCCUUGCCUGAAGUUUUGGAAUUGAGAAGCGGCUCUAUCACCUUUUGCUCUCUCAAGUGCAAAGAACCGCACACAGAGAGUGCCAGAGAAGGAGAAGAAGGGGAAGAAGAAGAAGAAGAAGAAGAAGAAGAAGAAGAGUCACCUUCAAGCGGCGCUCUUUUCUCUCUGUCUCUCCCUCCACUCACACAGGUCUCUCCCUGCUGCACACCCCCUUCUCUAACUCAAGCCGCUGCAGAGCAGGAACAGUAACAGCAGCAGCAGCAGCAGCAACCCUGCAGCGAGAAGUCCCUCCUUUAUCUCUCUCCCUUUGUCCCUCUUUCUCUCUUUCUAUCCGGUGCCCUCACAGAGAAGCUAACCCCGGCGGGCAUGCAGGUGUCCUUUGCCUGCAGCGACCAAGGAGGCCUCAGGGCACCCCGCAAUGGGGACAGCCACAGCAAGCAGAAUGCCACCAGCCCCAACACCAGCGCCAGCGCCGCCCGCGCCCGCUUCCGCACCGUGGCGCUCAUCGCCCGCAGCCUGGGCUCCUUCGCCCAUCGUCACAAGGACCUCAAGGAGUCCACGGGCAAGAUUACGGGCAUGAAGUACCGGAACCUGGGGAAGUCAGGCCUGCGCGUCUCCUGUUUGGGGCUUGGGACUUGGGUAACCUUCGGUGGGCAGAUUUCUGAUGAGGUGGCUGAGCAGCUGAUGACAAUAGCCUACGAGAACGGGGUCAAUCUCUUUGACACUGCUGAAGUGUACUCUGGAGGAAAGGCUGAAAUAAUCCUCGGAAACAUCAUCAAGAAAAAGUGCUGGAGGUACUUUAUCUUUGAUUCUCAUGUGUGCGUUUGUGUGGUUAGAGUGUAAGUCUGACUAUAUUUUUUGGGGAUAUUUUUUUUAUAUCUUUAGGGAUUUAUUUUCUUUUUACUGUGUGCAUGUGUGCUCUUGAAAUGUUAGCUGACGGAGACAGAAAUAAAAUGACUCCCUAGAACACCGUACUGAGAGCCUGUGCUUUGCCAACCCGUAGCUGAGUGAGUGAACUGCCACAGAGCUGAGCCACAGCUCUUGUAUUUUCCAUUUUGCCAAAUUUCACUGCCACAAGUAGUAGUCCUCCAUGUGGAGUAGAGGCCUAAGCAACCUGUCAAGAGGCAGAGUGGAUGAAA